AUGAUGAUGAUGUCAGCUCCAUCUUCGUCAUUUCAUGAUUAUUUGCCAAUGGAUUCUUGCUUACCGAAAAUGGAAGCAAUGACACCAAUACAAACAAUUGAAGAUCAAUUUGAACAAACAUUUGAUGAUGAUAAUAAUAAUACUAAUAAUCAUAGAAAUAAUAAAAAUUCUACUGUUGUUAAACGGCCAAUGAAUGCAUUUUUAUUAUGGGCACGUGGUGAAAGAAAACGUGUAUCUAGUGAUGGUUAUGGUGUUAGUCAAACAUCAUUAAGUAAACUUCUUGGUGAAACAUGGCGACAUAUGUCAGUUGAAGAGAAACAACCAUUUUUAGAUAUGGCCGAAACAUUAAAACGUCAACAUCAUAUUGAUCAUCCAGAUUAUAAAUUUAAACCAAAACAACGUUCAAUAACAAAUAAAAAGAGUCAUUCAUUUACACCUCAAAGACAAUUAUCAACUAUAAUACCAUCAUCUAAUUCUUAUUCUUUUCAACCAUCAUUAUCAACUAGUUCAAAUGCAACUCCACAUCCUGUACAAUCAAAUGUUUUAACAAUGUGUCAAACAAUUAUUUCAACAUCAUCAUCAUCAUCGGAAAAUAAUAAUGAUUGGUUUAAUCAAUUGACUGCACAACCUCAAACAGUUAUUGUUGCACCUUUUUCUCGAACUCAAACAUCUCCUAUAUCAUCACGUCGAGCUGUACGUAUACAAAUAAUUAAUAAACAUGAUGAUAUUGCUUUACCUCCACCAACAUUAUUACCUAUGACACCUCCACCACUAAUAUCAUCAUCAUCAUCAUCAUUUGUUAUUAAUGGAUCAACAUCAACGUUAGUCGAUUAUCUUGGUGAUCAUUGUAAUAUAUUUAAUAUUCCUACUAGUAAUAAUCAACAAGUAUUAGCAUCGGAUAUGAAUGAUUCAAAUGAAUAUGAAACAUUACAUGAUUCAUCAGUCAAUCAUUUAGUUGAUCUUGAUCAACAUUAUGAUAGUAGCGGUUGGAUUGAUACUCCAUUAUCAAGUUUUGGUACUAAUUCAACAGAUAUGGUUCCAUCAUCGCCAUAUACAUCUUAUGAUUUUUUAUGCCUCUAA